GGAAAGUGAAAAUGGAUCGUAGCUGGUUAUCUUGUAAAAAUGCGUGAUCUAUGGUCGCAUCGCGCAACAGUAAUGUUUAUGAAAGAUCGCUACGCGAACAAAUCAACAUAAAAAGGAUAUCGCCGCGCGAUAUGGAUAUGUGAAUAUACUUGUGACAAAGCAUGUACCUACGUACAUAUAAGCGAUUUUUUCGCAAUCUGUCAACUCGUUAAUGUGAUAAGAUUAACCUCUCCACGAGAAAACGCCAAUAAUGGCAAACAGCUGUAUGAAAGGAAGAAUAGAUGCCUGGUUACUGUAACAAAAAAUGUGAGACUUAAUUUAUAACUAAUUAGAAGCACCAGCAAAUGCAAAAUGGAGAAAGUUAUACCAAUGAGUUGGUUAAACCAAAUAUUAUUAGUUUUUAGUAUAGCAGCUGCAAUAUUGUCUUUAGUUAUACAGGGAUUGAUAGAACUUACACCUCUGCCAAUAUAUAUUUGUAUAUCCUGGGCUGUAUUUAUUACGAUUUUAUCUAUAUGGCUGAGUUGUUGCUUAUUACGUCUCACACUGAAAGCCAGUAGUCCAAUAGCUUUAGAUUUUAUGAAUAAAUGGAUUUACAAGAGGCUAAUGAGUCAUCUAAAUUUUUUAAUAGAUAAGGAUAAAAUAACAGAAAUUAUUCAUAAAAGUGAUAAUCAAAAGAACUUAAAUUCUUUACAAGAAGCUAGUGUUACACGCAAUAAUAAUGCAAUUACACAAGAUUCCUGUAAAAAUGACAUUCCUCUAACAAAAAGAAAAGAAAUUAAUUUAACAGACAUAAUACGAGAAAUUGAUGCAAAAUGUAUAGAAAUUUGGUACAAAAAUAUAAGUAAUGACAAAUCAUUCCCUAAUGAAGCACAGGAUUUGUUGAGCAAGUUCUUAACAAAACUAGUUUUGAAAGCCAGUCUAAUAGAUAAAAUAAAACUCGGCAAUAAAUUGGCAAAUAUAUUAGUGUUACAUUUAAAGGAAUAUCGUAGGGCACUACGUCGAGUCGAGAAGGGUGCAUUCAGCAUGGAGGAAGCAUACAAAUAUUUACAUCCUGGUUCUCGCAGUGUGUCAAUAUUAGAACAUACGUUACAUCAUUUAGUUACUGUUCUAGCGCAAGAAUUUCUGCAAUGGGAAUUAACCAGUUCAUUACCAUGCAAACUUCUGUUAUCUAUUUUAGCAAAGAAGCUUUUAAUAACAAUAGACGCAAUAAGCUGCCCAGAUUGGUUGAUUGGAAAUUUGUUAAAAUUACUGGAAACUCCGACAAAUAAAGCUGUCGCUACUCUAACUAAGCAAAAUGGUACCAUAACUGAUGCUUUGAGCGAAGGCAUUGCAUCCGCAACAGCAGCUGUGAUCCCACAGCAAUUGCCAAAAUCUGCACCUAAAUCUAGUCCAUCUGUAAUUACUACAAGCAAAGACGAAAAUGAGGUUUUAAUGGCAGUUCCAGAAAGAUCGACUCUAUGUUUAGAGGGUCUCUCCACUACAGAGCACAGAGGCCUCUGGGGUGAUAGCAUAACAGAUGUAGAUUUGGAAUUAGAAGAGGAUAAAAUUUCACCAGUAUACGAAGAACCAACAGAUUUCGCCACUACCAUCGCUAGGCUUAGAAAUUUAUUACAACAGAAAUCAACAGCAACCACACCACUGCAUGCCGAAGAGAAAUCUUAUGUAAUAUAUGAAGGAAGCCAAUUUACGAAUUUAUCAAUUCCAUGGACCGAAUUUCAUACUGCAACGGAUGGUUCACAACAAUUAUUCUACUGCAUACAAUUCGAUGAUAUUGAGCAACGUGGUGUAGAUCUAUUUGAAACUACCACUGCUACUGUCAGGAGACAAUAUUCCGAUUUUGUUCAGUUGCAUCUCAGUCUAGAAGAAAUUCCAUCAUUGACUAAUGUUAUGUCCGAACUAGUGUUGCCCGAAGGUGGGCGCAUCGAAUUAGAGAUGUAUUUAAAAACGUUGUGUACGCGUUUGGCAAAUGAAUGUCCGCCGCAAUUGCGUCACUUUCUGCGGCCAAGCAGCAGCGCAGGCAAAAAAGCGGACGCGAUAGCACCUCGUUUAGAUCGAUUUCUGGCUAAAACCGUAACUGGUGUCUUUAAUACAUUGAAGACAGUUGUACCAGGCUUCGAAAUGGAUCAAGAAGAAGAAGCUCCUCCUCUGCCUACUUUAAUGCCAUUAUCUGAUAUACCUUGGAGAUUUGUUGAGGAUAUAAAAUCGAAAAGUCUAGCUUGUGAAUUACAACAAUUGAUCGCAGAAAAAACAGAAUAUUGUAUAGUAGACACAGCUUAUGAGGCAGUUGAUUCAAUGGAAACCAGUGGUAAUUCAGAAUUACUGGAUUGUUGGUGGGAAACUAUUAACACUUCGUACGAUGAUGAAGUUGAUGAAUUGGAUUCUAAUUUAUCAUUGACAUGUACGACCAUAGAUCUGAUUUGUGAGCUUCUGAUAGGGAUUGCCAGUAAUAAUGCAUUACAACAAGAAGCAGUUGUUAGAUGGACUAAAUUGCUAUUAGGUAACAUUUCAGAGCCAAUCUUACAGAAAAUGAUUCUAUGGUUGUUUGACUCUUUGAGUAAUUCUUCAUUACUUUAUGAUGCAUCAUACAAAGUCACAAGUGAAACCAAUGCACAACUAAAAGAUAAAUUAGUGCGCACAUUAGAGAAAAAGAUCUCAUACAGUGUAAAAUUGAUAUUUGGUGAGGACAAUGUACAUAAAGCUUUGAACUAUUUAUUAUGUUCAUAUGAAAUCAAAAAGAUUAACAUGGAUUUAAACAUGCAAAUGUUAGAUGCAUUAAUAUCAGAACUAUUGAUUUCUUGUAAAACAAAUCAUGACACCACAAAUUAAUUUCAAUUUUUAUUUAGUCCUUUAGACGAAAAAUCGUUUAGCAAUUUGCACAUUGUUUUACUUUCUUAAUACGUGGGAGUUAUUAAGAUAUAUCAAAAUAUUUAUGUAAAAAUAUUGAUGUGUGCCAUAUACAUGUAGAAUACAUGUGUUAACUGUUUACAUUUCGCAAAAACCGACAGACUUUUUAAAAUAAAGACUGUACCUGAUUAUACAUUUACAAUAAGAUAUGCCAAGUAUUUGUUCUAUUAGAGAAUAAUGGUUCUUAACAAUUAAAUAAGAAACAA